AUGCGUAUCUUACGUUCGCAGUAUUUGAAGUACAAGGCACAGCAGGGUCUGGAAGCCAGUACAAGUCCUAAAACAACAACAACGCUGGCUUCGUUACACGAUGAAACUGAGGUGCAGCAUACAACCUCCAAAAAGGCAAAUGGAGAUUUGAAAUCAAUACAAACCGUUACGCAGACAACACGUACCACAAUACGGCGGAGUUCGAUAGCACCACUCAAGGAUAAUUCUUCGCGCGCACCCUAUAGGCGCAAUUCAAGUCAUCCAUUAAAUGAAACUACGCAGAUAGUAGCCGAUAAUUUGCAAACGUGUUUGCCAUCUGGUCAAGACGAGAUUAAUAGCAAAUGCCUUGAUGCGCCUACAACGCCAGCAGCAAUACAGCAGCGACGGCAGACAGUCGCUUGCACUAACGCCGAUGAGCUCAUCAGAUAUUAAACGCAUUAAAAAUUAAAUUGCUAAACACGCCAUGUGGGCGAUACACGCGCAUCAAUUUGGUCGUAAGAUUCUAUGAUGAAGGUGCGAAUUGGUAUACACGAUUCUAUCGUAGUUAUCAGAAUACUUUAUGGUUGAAGAUCCCCCGUACGGACGGUGGUAAUAAAAAACAAAAAUGGUAUUUUAAAUGUGAGGUCUGUCAGAAGAAAUUAUGCUCGUUCGGAACUCUUAAGUCGCAUCUUAAUUUACAUAUGAAAUUCUUUCCACAUCGCUGUGAGGUUUGUCCAAAACAGUACGCCGCUAAGAAUAUAUUAACGCGUCAUAAGAAAACAAAGCAUGUGAAUGAGGUUUAGAAGUUUGCACAAAGAAGACGUAGCACUAUUGGACGAACUAAGCAUUUACGAGAAAAUAUGAUGGUAUUAAAAAGGAUUAAAUACUGGAAUAGACGCUGAAUAUUUUAAGUUUCUUUUAUAGAUUUAAGUUUAUGUAGAUUUAGGCUUAAAACGAAGUUUACUUCUGUGACAAUCGCCCAGUGAAAAUACUUGACCAUAAUAUAUACUUAUUUGGAUUAUUUGUAUAUGUUGUAUUUGUCGAGGAGCUUUUGCAAAUUGUCUGAA